GUGAACGUAACGUCCAUUUGAGAACGCAUAAAACGCAUGCGUUGGAUUACUUGCCAAAAAAAAAUUUAAUAAUUUCUCGAACGAAUUGGCUCGAUUUGAUAGAAAAACCGGGGCGUUAAAUAAGAAUAAAUUCGUAAAUUGUUGUUCAAGCAUUUUGAAAGUGUCCGAUAACUUAAAACAAGUCGAUAGAAAUGGAGAAGAAAGAACAGUUGCUGAUAAUUUCGCCGCAAAAUGAGUUGAAAUUCUGUGGUCCGUUCAAUCAAUCCAUUACAUCGUAUAUGAAUUUACGAAAUCCGACGGAUAAAACAAUAUUAUUCAAAAUCAAAACAACGGCCCCGAAGAAAUAUUGUGUACGUCCCAACAGCGGCCAUUUACAGCCGAAGGAGAUGAUGGAUAUAGCAAUUUGCUUACAACCAUUUAACUUUGAUCCGAAUGAAAAGAAUAAGCAUAAAUUCAUGGUACAGAGUUUAGUUGCACCAGACGGUGAGAUUCAAUUUGAUCAAUUGUGGAAAGAUGUUACCCCAGACCAAUUGAUGGACUCGAAAUUGCGAUGUGUGUUUGAUUUGCCGGCCGAUAAAACCGCUGCGUCAAUAACUGAGCAAAGUGAAUUCACUUCGAAUGCGACAAAUUCACUACCGGUUAAUGAUGAGAAGAUCACGGAAACAGAUAGCACGUCAAUGGCAGCGGCAGAAAUUAAUAGUUUACGCGAAAAGGAAAGUAAUUUGCGUCAGGAAAAUCUUCUACUUCAGGAACAACUUCUACGACUUCGCAUGUCUGUUGAAUCAAACACCAAAGAAUCAGCAGCAUUUCAAAAUCCGUAUUCACCACCACACCAUGCUCAACAAACAGCACCUAUGGUUUAUGUAGCUCUUGCCGUUGUUAUGGCAAUAUUCGGUUUAAUUUUGGGCAAAUUUGUGCUCUGAAUAAUUUAAAUAAGAAAAACACAAAACAAACAAAAAAAAUGUUUCUGGCAAAAUCACAACCUAAAAAUUUAUAUUGAGAGAGAGAGAGAGAGAGAGGGAGAGAGGAAAAUAACGAACAGUUUACGAAAAACUCGGUCAGAUAAGAACAGAGUUGAAUGAAGUUCAAGAAAUAAAAAAAAAAUUAAAAAAAGAAACAAAAACAAAAAGAUAGACAGAAAAAUGCUAACAAGAAAAAUUCAAAUGAAACUUUUUAAUUCGACGGAACCGAGAAUGAGACACACACACAACACAGGAAUGGAUUAAGGAAUGAUGAGAAGAAGAAA